AUGGAGACGCGCGGCAAGCGGCUCCUCCCCGUUCUACUGCUCCUCAUCGCCGCGGCGGCGGCUCCGUCCGCCAUGUCCCGUGACGAGAGAGAGGUGGUGGAGGUGUCCGGUGCGCCGGACGGGGUUGUGUGGGUGGCCCAGCUCUCGGAUCUCCACUUCAGCGUGCACCACCCGGAGCGCGCCUACGACUUCCGGCGGUACGUCGGCCCGGCGCUGGCCAUGGUCAACCCCGACCUCGUGCUGAUCACAGGAGACCUUACUGAUGGGAAAAGCAAAGAUCUGUUAACAAUGAAACAAAACAAGGUCGAAUGGGUAGAAUAUGAACGUACAAUGAAGGAAAUCAUUGAAAGUAGCAAGCUUCCAAGAAGGAUUUUCUAUGAUCUGAGAGGAAAUCAUGAUAGCUUUGGUGUGCCGGCAUCUGGUGACGACUAUGACUUUUAUAAUAAGUAUAGCAUCAACGCCAAGUUAAGACGGCAGGGGCGUGUCCAAAGCAUUACUUUGGAGAAUAGUGGUCGGAAGCAUCUGUUUGUUGGUUUUGAUAGCACAAUGGAGAUUGGUCUUAGAGGUCCAACCAAUCUAUUUGGACAUCCAACUGACAAGCAGGUGAUUGAAUUGGAUCAAGCGUUAUCACAGUGGGAUACUGACUUUGACAAGAUUCCAGUGACAAAAAUUGCAUUUGGGCACUUCCCGUUGUCUUUCUCAGCAUUAACAGAGUCAGGAAAAAGUAUCAAGGAUGUUUUUCUAAAGCAAUCAUUGGCAGCAUACUUGUGUGGGCAUCUUCAUACAAGGUUCGGGAAGAACUUGAAACGAUACUACCAUCGGGCAGUCCAGGAACCAUCAUUUUCAGAGCAUUACUACCAACUUAACAUGCACCAAGGAGAUGCAAUCCAGAGUAAUAUGAAAAACUGUUCUGAAGAAGCAGCUCAUAUUGAAGAGUUCUGGGAAUGGGAGAUGGGUGAUUGGAGAAAGAGCAGAAGCAUGAGGAUACUAGCAGUUGAUGAUGGCUAUGUCUCCUAUACUGAUAUAGAUUUCAGAUUAGGCUCAAAGAGCAUAAUAAUACUACCUACCUUUCCCCUUGAUUCAAGAUUCAUGCAGAGAGCCUCUGCUUUUCGUGAUUUCAAAUGUCAUGUCAUGGGGGCAUCGUCUUUUGAUACUGUGAGAGCUCUUGUAUUCUCUAAACAUGAGAUGGUAUCUGUUUCUGUAAAAAUAUAUGACUCAAGACCAGGAAUUCUUGAAGUAGUCUUUGACUCUGAAAUGAAAAGGGUGGAUUCCAAUGAAACUCGAGGAAAUAUGUAUUUGAUACCAUGGAACUGGAGGGCAUUUGAAGAUUCCUCUCCCAGCCGAUAUUGGCUCCAAAUUGAAGUGAUGGAUAUAACAGGUGACACAAGUGUCAGCCAGUUGAGGCCAUUCUCUGUUAACGGCUUGUCGGCAAGAGUGAACUGGACAUGGAAAGAGUUUUUUGUGAUUGGUAUUCAGUGGGCUUCAAUAUAUCAUCCUGCACUGUGGUGUGCCUUUUCUCUAAUUUUUUCGUUGCUUCUUGUACCACAAGUUUUAGCGGUGGUAUUCAAAGAUCAGUUCACAUAUAAAUCUCUAUGCACAUAUGGUAGUCAGAGGACACUGUUGAAGUCUCUAGUUGGAGAUUUCAUCUGUUCUUUUGUUGAACUCGCCAGGGUGAUUCUUGUAUGGUUAUUGCUCCUGUUAUACGCUAUCUAUUUAGUUUUUAUACCUUGGUUAUUUGGUCACCCUAUCACUGAAGAUGGUAGCUUGACAUACAUGACAUAUAAAGGUUGGAUUCUAAAAGGGCCCAAUAGUAGCAACGAAGUAGUCCAUGCUGGGAUUCCAGAUGUCAUGGUCAUUGUUCUACCCCACCUUUGUUUCGUGUUACUACCCACUAUUGUGAUUUUAGCUGCCAUGUCUGCUGAGAGAGCAGCAUAUCGAGAGCAUUAUCUUUCUCGAUCAGGAAAGAAGAAAGAUGAUUACUACCAAAAGAGCAGGAGACAGAUAGAACAUGAAAACUUUUGGAAUGGUCGCUGGAUUAGGAAAUUUCUGUGUGUUCUUUGCGUGGUGGUUCUAUGGAAACAUUGGAAGCUGUUCAGGAGUUCUGAAGGUAUGCUGCACUGGACUGUUCCACAAAUGGUCCUUCAAGCUGUGAAGACUGAAUUGAAGACUAAUUCACAACUGAAGCAACUGAGGAUGGUGGUGCGAGAAUGCAGAGCAGGGGCGAUUGAAAUGCUGCAGGCUAAGGGGCCACCAAGAAUAUGCUCCGCUGAAAUCUUUUUCCCUCUUAUGGCCUUGGGCCACCAUGACUAUAGUGUUUUCUCUGAAUGUUCUAUUUCAAUUUCAAAGUUUAGUCAAGCAGACGUUAGGUAA